AGUUAUGGAAUGGUGGCUAAACAGUUGGUAAUAAAUAAAAAUGGCGGAAGCUAUGAGGCAGACGGUGGCAACGAUGCUAAAAGGCAUCGAGAGGUACAAUCCAGAGAAUUUACCGACUCUUGAACGAUACGUGGAGAUCCAGUCUCGGGAAAAUGCUUACGACCUCGAAGCGAACCUUGCCGUCCUCAAGCUCUACCAGUUUGAUCCGCAGGCGUACAACCUGGAGAUCACGUGCCAGAUACUCUUGAAAGCACUCACCAAUUUCCCGCACACAGACUUUGUGCUGUGCAAAUGCCUGCUGAAUGAGAAGCAACUGGUGCAGCACCCCAUCGACCACAUCAUCUACCUGGCGGACAUCCUGGAGCGCUGCGACUUCCAGCAGUUCUGGGAGCGCGUGCGCGCCGUGCCGGACCUGUGCGCCCGCGUCGCUGGCUUCCACGACUCCAUCCGCAAGUUUGUCUGCCACGUGGCGGGCAUCACCUUCCAGACCGUGGACCGCCACCUGCUGGCCCAGCUGCUGGGCGGCAUCGACGAUGUGGCACUGCGUCAGUGGGUGAACAAGUACGGCUGGCGAGAGCAAGAAUACAACAUGAUCUUCAUCGCUAACCAAGACGAGAACAUCAAGACAAAGAACAUUACAGAGAAAAUUGACCUUGAAAGCGCAACUGCUGUAAUGGCUGCAUUGCGAUGAUCGUGCAUUUUCUUGGCUGUGCAGAUUGAAGCGUUUUGUCAUUUAUUUUUUAUCUCGUUUCUACCAUUCAUCUUGAUUAUUAAAUAAUUACAGCUUGAA